AAUUAGCGGUGUGUAAAGCUAGCUCUCUCACGUCUGAUGGGAAAAUAAACUGCAUUUGAUCAAAGGACACUGCGAGACCGCGAAACAGCAGCCACUGGAACAUCGUUCUCGCCUCAUGGACACGAUAGCUGGCGGGAUGGCGUGGAAAGCGGGAGUCCUGUGAGGACGACCAUCUCGGUGCUAUGACAGACCAGCCCCCUCGAGCAGGUGCGUGCCGACCGUGGGGAUGUAUUCCGAGUGGCGUUCUCUGCAGCUGGAGUUCCAGGGUGGGGGGGGGCACCUGAGCGUGCUGCACUCGUACCCGCCCACAGUGGGGCAGGAUGUGGCUGCCGUCCUGCUCAAGCCCCUAUGGACCACCCUCAAGAGCCCCCCCAGCAACCUGGGGACCGACAAGGAGGUGAAAUGGACGAUGGAGGUGCUGUGUUUUGGGCUGACCCCCCCGGUUGACAUGGAAACGGUGCGCUUGUGUGUCGAGGUCUACACUGAUUGGAUGAUGGUUCUCGUAGCGCCCAGAGACUCCACCCCCCCACCUCUGGUCAAGGAGCCCGACCGUUACGUCCAGAUCAUCCUCACACACCUCUACAACCUGUUCCUGCCACGUGAUGAGGAGCACACACUGCUCCAUCUGAAGUUGUGUCAGCAGGUGUUGGAGUCGGUGCUUCGCCUGGCGCGUGAGGCGCCUGUGAUGUCACGGCAGACGUGGGAGGAGCUUCUGGUCUUCCUGCUCCGCGUCUCCGACACCCUACUGGCCCCGCCUACAGUAGGAGGCGGCGUGGCUGAGCAUCUAGCUGAGCGGCUGGUGGCCGUGUUGUUUGAGGUGUGGCUGCUGGCCUGCCUGCGCUCCUUCCCCUCCCCCCCCUACUGGAAGACGGCGCGCGAGAUGGUGGCCAACUGGAGACAUCGCCCCCAAGUGGUGGAGCAGUGGAGCCGCGUCGUAGCCGCACUCACCUCCAGGCUCCUGUCCUUCACCUAUGGUUCGUCGUUCCCGCCGUUUAAAGUCCCGGAGGAGGAUGCUCAGCUGGUUCCCAUGGAGAUGGACAGUGACUGUGUGUCCCAGACCUGGUUCCGCUUCCUGCACAUGCUCAGUAACCUGGUGGACCUGAGCAACCCAGUGCAGGUGAGCACGACGCCCAAGUUCCAGGAGCAGCUGCUGAGUGCAGGAGGCCUCCAUCCCCAGGAGGUGGCGCUACACCCCUGCCUACGCCAGCUGCCCCACAUCUUCUACCGAGCCAUGCGCGCCGUCAGCACACUGGUGGACGCAUUCAUGGGUAUGUCUCGGCCGCGUGCGGACAGCUCCCCCCCCACCCCUCUGAGCCGGACCAGCGUGCCCCCCCCCUCCAGUGCCAGCAGCACCCCCCCCCACAGCCGCAAGCACCGCAACACCACCGGCAGCAAGAGCAGCAGCAAGUCCUCCAGUAGUAGUGGUUCCCACCCGGUCCGAAGCUCCUCCUCCCAGCCUCCCUCUGGCUCCUCCCCCCUCUCCAGCCCCAAUCAGAGCAGCUGGGAGCCACGCCCACUCCCCGCCCCCUCUCGGCCGAAGGUCAACAGCAUCCUGGACCUGUUCGGCCAAUGGCUGUUCGACGCCGCUCUGGUGCACUGCAAACUGCAGAGGGGCCUGAUCCACGACCCGAGCCGCACAGCGGUGGUGUCGGGCGUGGGGCUGGAGUUGAGGCGUAAGGGUUCCCAGCUGUCGGCGCUGUCGGGGGACUCCCUGGUGUCCAACCCGCUGUUCGACGCCCACGAGCUCCCCGACAGCUACGAGGCCGGACGCGCCGAGGCAUCUGGCGCCCUCUGCAGGAUCUUCUGCAGCAAGCGCACCGGCGAGAGCAUCCUGCCCGUCUACCUGUCCAGGUUCUACAUGGUUCUAAUCCAGGGUCUGCAGGUGACGGAGUUCCUGUGUCGGCCGGUUCUCUCCAGCAUCCUGCUCAACUCCACCUCCCUGUUCUGCAGCGACCUGAAGGGAGUCAACCUGCUGCUACCGUACUAUACUAGAGCACUAGAGACCAUCUUACCUGACCGGGAGCUGGGUAAGUUCCAGGCGUGUGUGAACCCAGUGGAUCUGCGGAGAGCUUCUAUCCUGCUCCUCCUCUCCAUGAUCCCUCUUCCUCUGCACUUUGGCAACGUCAAGACCGAGGUGAUUCUGGAGGGCAAAUUCAAUAAUGAUGAGAAUUGUCAGGGUGACCAGCCUAUGUCCUUCCUGUCGCUACGGUUACGGCUCGUCAACAUCCUGAUUGGAGCGCUCCAGACAGAAACAGACCCUGGCAACACACAUAUGAUCCUAGGUGCCAUGUUGAAUAUGGUGCAGGACUCUGCAUUGCUGGAGUCCAUUGGAACCCAGAAAGAGCAGGGUUCUGUGGGAAGAGCGCCCUCUCUAGGCCACAGCCGGCACAGCAGCAGCCUGAGUGGAGGCAGCAUGGAGCUCAACAGCCUGGACUCCGACCGCCCGGCCCACGCCCUGCUGCGCGACUACGUGCAUUUGCCAUCACAAACCCCAGACACUCGCAUCCCAAUCAAUGCUGACGAUUCUGCUAUGGGCUUGCUGGUGCGGAGUGUCCAUCUUGUGACCCAGAAGCUGACGUCCUCCUGGAGGAAUGACAUGAGCAUCUCCCUAGCAGCACUGGAGCUGCUGUCUGGACUGGCCAAGGUGAAGGUGUGUGUAGAGGCGUCGGAGCAGCGGCGAGCGGUGCGGAGUGUGUGUGACUUCAUCGAGGCCCAGUGCAGUCGCCCCGCUCCCCAGCACUCCAGGGACCUGCACUCCAUGAUCGUCGCCGCCUUCCAGUGCAUGUGUGUGUGGCUCACCGAACACCCCGACCUGCUCGACCACAAGGAUUGCCUGAGUGAGGUGUUGGCAAUCGUGGAGCUGGGCAUCUCUGGCAGCAAGUCCAAAAGCGAACAGGAAGUCCGUCUGAAGGGCGAGAAGAUUCUAAGCCCCGCCUCCCUCCGCGUCAAGGACGCCGCCGAGGCCACGUUGUCAUGUAUCAUGCAGGUGUUGGGGGCUUUCCCAUCGCCCAGUGGCCCCGCCUCCAACUGCAGCCUGCUGAACGAGGAUUGGCUGAUCCGUUACUCGCGGCUGGACGCUACUGGCGGUCAGCCGUUCCGCUACUUUGUGCUGGACAACUCGGUCAUCCUGGCCAUGCUGGAGCAGCCGCUAGGCAACGAGCAGAAUCCACGUCCGUCGCUCACCAUACUGGUCAGAGGGAUGUCCGGUCGUCACGCCUGGACCAUGCAGCUCUUCCACCAGCCCAGAGGGGCGCGAGCCAAUCAGAAGAUGUUCUCCCCUGAGAGCCGGCCUCAGCCCCGGGGGGAGGUGGCGUCGCGUCCCGGCGUCAGGCAGCGGCCGUUCCCAGAGGACGUGGACAAGAUCCCGCUGGUCAAGGCCGACCUCAGCAUCCCCGACCUCCACGAACUCCUCACAGCAGAGGAACCUCUGAUAGACAUUGCUGCCAUGAGAAUGUAUAAUGACCAAUAUCUGGAGCUGCAGCAUGAGCAUCUGAACGUGGCGAUGUCUCGCCAGCUGGAGUACGAGCAGGAAGUGGAGCAGCAGAGUGAAGGGGGCGGAGUCGGGGGCGGAGUCUAUCCUGACCCCCAGAGGGAGUGCACGCCCCCCACACCCGCCCAGGACUUCCAGACCGCACGCCUCUUCCUCUCACACUUCGGCUUCCUAUCACUGGAGGCACUCAAGCCGCAGGACCCUGGGAACAGCCGUCUGCCCCCCCAGCUGGUGGCGCUGGACACGCAGCAGAGCGGCUUCUCCCACGACCUCGCCUACCUGGACCUGUUGCCAUGCCGACCCUUCGACACCGUCUUCGUCUUCUACGUGAGGGCGGGGCAAAAGACCAGCGAGGAGAUUCUGCGGAAUGUCGAGUCAUCAGAGACUGUCCACCCUCACUUCCUGGAGUUUGUGAUGUCACUGGGCUGGCCGGUGGAGAUUGGUCGGCACCCUGGCUGGACAGGUCAUGUGGACUCCAGCUGGUCCAUCAGUCACUGCGGAGACACUGAGAGCCAGCAGCAUGGUGAUGCCUCUCCAGAAGAGGACAGUGGAGAAGUGGGCUUUAAUGGUGAACGGCAGGUGCUGUACUACUCUGAUGCCAUCACAGAGAUCGCCUUCAUCCUACCCACAUACAGAGAGCACUCAGCUGAGUCUUCAGAGGUCAGUGACUCCACCGGGGAGGCGGAGCCACACACUGAACUUCCUGCUGAUGUCAUCAAGCCCCGCCUUACUCUGGAUCUCCACCCCUCCAACUCGGAGAACUUGUUUCAACGGAGCCCGGGCAUGAGGGUGAGGAGGACUCCGUCGUCUCGGCCGCUCCACCCGCUGGGUCCUGAGACCAAGGUGCUGCUGGCCUGGGUGGAGAGCUACGACGACAUCGAGAACUUCCCCAUGGCUGAGCUACUGGCCGAGACCAGCACAGGCCUGGAGAGCAGUGGCAACAGCAGCUCAUCUUGCAGGUCCGUGUUCUAUGAGAAGGAGGUUCCGGUGGUGUUCAUCCACCCCCUCAGAACCGGUCUGUUCCGGAUCAAACUGCACAGAACGGCUGGCAAGUUCAGCCUGGCACUCCCCCUAGUGGACGGGAUGGUGGUCAGCAGGAGAGCACUGGGCUCUCUGGUGCGCCAGACGGUGGUGAACGUGUGUCGUCGGCGGCGACUGGAGAGUGACUCGUACAGCCCGCCCCACGUGAGGAGGAAGCAGAAGAUCGCCGAGAUCGCCCAGAGAUACCGCAGCCACCAGCUGGAGCCAGAGUUCUACACCGGCCUCUUCCAAGAGCCCUGCCACUGACACACACACACACACACACACUGCAGCCAGCAGCUGGAACCCCAGUUCUACAUCUCCCUCUUUCAAGAGCCACUGACACACACACACACACACACACACAUUCUUACCCAGCCAGCAGCUCGUACCUGAGUUCUAAACCUCUUUCAAGAGCCAGUGACACACACACACACAUGUACACACACACACACACACACACGUACACAGGUGCAGGCAUUAUCCUGUGCUAUCACACUGAUACCCACACCGGUGCAAGACUACUGUUGGAUGUAGGGUGCAGUCCAGUACUGGAGACCAAUCUCAUGAGAAUACUGUGUGUGUGUGUGUGUGUGUGAAACCAUAGAGGUGUUGAUACAUACACACAGACACACACUCCUCAUCAGCCUCAGUAAUGACCUUUGUAGAUGGAAUAGAACACAUGACAUUUGACCUUCAUCACAUUUUAUCACAGCAGUGACCUUUGACCUUCCACUCCCCACCUGUUUCACCUUAUCACCUUUGACACACCACACACACACACACACACACACACACACACACACACACACACACACACACACACACACACACACACACACACAUACCUCACCCUCUGUGCUGAGGUCAGAAUAAGGUCAUGAUCACUAAUGAGGAUGCAUUUGAUCAUUAAAUUCAGUUUUAAUUCAGUUUGAUUAAGGACUUCAUUCAGUCCUAAUUUAGUUCUAAUUCAGUCUUAAUUCAGUUUGAUUAAGGACUUCAUUCAGUCCUAAUUCAGUCUUAAUUCAGUUCUAAUUCAGUCUUAAUUCAGUUUUAUUAAGGACUUCAUUCAGUUCUAAUUCAGUCUUAAUUCAGUUUAUUAAGGACUUCAUACAGUCCUAAUUCAGUCUUAAUGAGUCUUAAUUCAGUCUUAAUUCAGUUUUUAUUUUGUCAGAACAGUCAGGGCCCUUCUCUGGCUGACCUUGUGGUUACCUUGGUAACAAGUCUGCUGUAUCAUCCAACAUGGAGACGAAUCAUUUAUUUUUCUAUUUAUUUAUUUCUUCACUCUGCACUGCUCUCAUGUACACUGUUUCAACUACUCGGAGGUGAACACACACACACACCAGUGACCAACUACAGACAGCCCACACAGUGCCCUCACUGCUUCAUUGGGUGUGUGUGUGUGUGUGUGUGUGAGAUGAUAUUUCGAGGCCCUCGUGUCAUCAGAAUGAAUACUGUGUGGAGGGACUUCCUGUUAGCAGUCACAUGACCAGACAACUUGCUUCCUAUUGGUGGAGGGACACUGGACUCACAUGUGUAUCUUUAAGCAAUUUAGCAACUGAUGACAUCAUCAUUUGAAGUUUACUUUCUUUUUGUUCUUCACUGUUUACUUAAAACUAUUGUUUACGUUGUAAGACUCUCUAAAAGGGAGCAUUUCAAUUGCCACCGACUUGUUUACAUACUCACACACACACACACACACACACACACACACACAUAGACAUGCAGGAAAAUGUAGACACGCGUAUAUACACACACAUGUAUUGAAGAACAUACACAGACACACACAGGACACAAACAUACAUAGACUCCCCUGUAUGUACUGAAACACACAAGCACACACACACACACACACACACACACAUUGAAGGCCCAUGGCCCUGCUGAAGUGUGGGUUACUGUUUUGUUUACACUAUAAUGUGAUUCAGAGUGAUCAUAUUUUACUGAUUAUGAUUAUUUUAUUGAUUAGGUUUUACAAUCAUAUUUUACGAUCGUUUAAUGAUGUAUUUUAUGAACAUAUUUCAUGAUAAUGCUUUAUGAUGAUUAAUAUGUUAUGAUCUUUCAUGUAUGUCCACUGAAGAGAUCUUUAUGUGCACAUAUCUGCUCAGAAUACACACACACACACACACACACACACACACACACUCACACACAUACAUUAUCUGCUCAGAAUAUACACACACACACACACACACACACUCACACAUACAUUAUCUGCUCAGAAUACACACACACACACACACACACACACACACACACACACACACACACACACACACACAUAUCUACUCAGAAUACACACACACACACACACACACACACACACACACACACACAUAUCUACUCAGAAUACACACACACACACACACACACACACACCUGCUCAGGAGGCGUGAUCGACACGUCUGCCUGCUUAUCACAUGACCUGAGGCUCUGCUACGAUCAGAACCGGGCCUCCGACACACACACACACACACACACACACACAGCCUUAUGUGAGAUCAUAACCAGGCCUCAGCCACAUGUGAGCCGGGUCGGUCCCAGAUACUGACAGAGCCACUCUACUCUUCUCUUCUUUUCUUCUCCUUUUUCAUCUGUUCAUCUGUUCUCUUCUGUUGACGUGUGUGUGUGUGUGGCACCAGUUGGAAAAGGAUGAGAAUAAAACUUUAUCUUUCAGACUUUG